GCAGCCAUCACUGCCGCUGCCAAGUCCUCCGCCCGCUGCCUCCGCCAUGUCUGCUACCAUUGCCACCGCCCCCCCUGCCGCCCCGGCUGGGGAGGGAGGACCCCCAGCGCCCCCUCCAAAUCUCACCAGUAAUAGGAGACUGCAGCAGACUCAGGCCCAGGUGGACGAGGUGGUAGACAUCAUGAGGGUGAACGUGGACAAAGUCUUGGAGCGGGACCAAAAGCUAUCGGAACUGGAUGACCGUGCAGAUGCACUCCAGGCAGGGGCCUCCCAGUUUGAAACAAGUGCAGCUAAGCUCAAGCGCAAAUACUGGUGGAAAAACCUCAAGAUGAUGAUCAUCUUAGGAGUGAUUUGCGCCAUCAUCCUCAUCAUCAUUAUCGUUUACUUCAGCACUUAAACCCCUGAGGAGCCUGCCCUGCCUAGAGAGGGGCCUCUUCCCCCCAACCCCAGCCACUCCUCCACCUCUCAGCCAUAUCUUCCAGCCCCCCCUCCCCUGGAUCCAUGUGUGUGUGUGUGUGUGUGUCUGUGUGUGUGUCCCUUGUAAAUAGCCAGCUGUUAUUUAUACAUAUAUAAUAUUAUAUAUAUUUGGUCUGUUUGUAGUUUUAUUACUAGAAGAUUUUUUCCGGUUUUCCUUAACACUCCUUCCUGAGGUUCCCAUCACCUCCUCUCUUUCUCUCCUUACCUUUCUCUCUUCCUGACCAGCCCCAAAUCCCCUCAUUUGCAUCUGCUAUGCAAUAGCCCCUCCCAUCCUUUCCUUGGAUUUAGCUGAUCCUUCCUCCUACCCUGGCCUUCUUCUCACCCCUGUCCCACCCAUCCCUCUCC